AAUAUUGUCAAAUUGUGAAAGAAGUUUCGUUGACAAGUGGUUUAAGAGAAUCUAAAUGUUUAUUGGUUCUAAAGAGAAAUACUUUGAAAAUAUACAUUGGAAUUAAUUCAAGCAGUCUCACUAUCUCAGUCGUUUAUUAAAUAGAAGAUAGACGAUCAUGGUGUUCAAGAUAAACAUAAAUGUAUCUAAUAGAGUCUUGGUUGUUUUGGGAGUUAUUGGAGUCCUGCUUAUAGGCGGAGCCAUUUAUUUAGGUUUCAAAGUCAUUCCUGGACUUAUUGACGAUAAGAUUUGGGAGACGAAAGUUCUUAAAGAACACACCGAUCAAUGGGGCUUAUUCACAAAAAGCCCCUUUCCAUUUACAUUCAAAGUCCACAUUUUCGACGUUCAAAACCCUGAUGAUAUUCUUCAAGGACAGAAACCAAAAGUCAAGGAAGUCGGACCAUUUAUAUAUAAGGUAUACAAAUGGAAAGAUGAAAUUCAAUGGACAACUCCUGAUGACAUUUCAUAUAAUUCGUAUAUGAGAUUUGAAUUUGACAAAGAAGCUUCUGGAAUAUACACGGAAGAAACUGAAGUGACCAUUUUGAAUACUGCUUACUUGGGUAUAAUGCUAAAAGUUGAAGCUAACCAACCAGAAGUUUUCCCAUUACUGCAAGAAGCCCUUCCCAUAGCUUUCGGUAAAAAUGACGGUUUAUUUAUCAAAGUAAAAGUGGGAGAUUUCCUGUGGAAAGGGAUCAAAUUUUGUAUAAACGAAGGUAAAGAUGAUGGAUUCGCGACAAUUAUGUUAUGCAAAAGUAUCAUAAAAAAAAUGAAGGAAUCCAAGAAUUUAAGAUUUGAAAACAAUACGGUGGUUUUUGCCAAUAUGCAUUACAAAAACAACACGCAUCUAGGGAGGUUCACCGUAAAAUCUGGACUCAAAAACAAAGAAGAAACUGCCACUUUAUCUCUAUACAACGGAAAACCAUACAUACCAACGUGGUCUGGAGCAAAUUCUACUUGCAACAAAAUUAGAGGAGUGACAACGGUUUUUCCAGCCGAGAUUAAGAAAGAUAUGAUUUUUGAAUCAUUCGCUGAAGAUAUUUGUAGACACGUAUCUUUGGAAUUUAACUCAAAAGAAGUGGUCAAAGAUUUGAAGGGGAUCAAAUUCGUUGCGAAAAACAACACGUUUAGCAGCACGUUACCGGAAAAUUCCUGCUUUUGUAGUAAUCAGAGCAGGACUUUUAAUGAAAGCAUGGGAUGUGUAAAAGAUGGAAUUACGGACCUGACUUUAUGUAGAGGUGGACCAGUAAUGGUAUCUUUUCCGCAUUUGUUGUAUGCUGAUAAAGAAUAUAUCAAUAGCGUCGAAGGACUGGAUCCUAAUAAAGAUAAACAUCAACCCUUUUUGAUAUUGGAACCGAUCAGUGGCACACCAUUGUAUGGCGCUCAGAGGAUACAGUUUAAUAUGUUUGUUAGGCCUGUUGAUGGAAUGGACAGUACUGCAAACGUGUCAAGAUCUCUAAUGCCACUUAUUUGGGUUGAAGAGUCGUUCGUAAUCCCAGACAAGUACAUAAACCUGCUGAACGACAACCUAUUCAAGAGCCUCUCCAUCGUCAACAUCAUCAAAUGGACAGUGAUCGUUUCCGGAGGAGCAUGCGUAAUAAUAUCUGCUUUGACGUUGAUCUACAGACAAGCCCCUUGACUCUUCUUUACAGAUCCAUAUCCUUACACCAACUGAUUGAUCAUGGUCGAGAAGAUACCAAAGUCUGUGUUUAAAAUACUGCACUGUUUAAAAUACUCACGGUUUCAGAAACGUAUUGAUAUUUCUCAAUUUAAAAUGUUGAAUUACAAGAGUUUGUCGACGACAUCGAUGAGCGUAGACAAGAUUUUAUUUUGAAGAGGAUCCAAAUGCAUCAAAAUUAUUACAAUGUUUAUUUUUCUUUUACUUCUUCUUACCUUAUUCCUCGCAGUUUUAGUGUUUACUUGUUAUUAUUAGAUCACUAACAAUUAUUGUUUAUUUUUUUGCUUUGGAAAGCCAUAUCGGUGCCUAUAGUUCAAUUUGACCAAUAUAUACUUUAGCGAUCAAAAUAUUGUUAAUAAUUUUUGAUUUGUUGUUUUUAAUUUUUAUAGAAAAUAUAUUUUUGGGAUUACGAGUUUGUUAUCAAGCUUUUUCUGGCCUAUAAAUAUUGUUGUUUUAUAUCCAGUUAGCUUUAAUUUAUCACAUAGUUUAAUUUUUACAAAAAUAACGAGUAAAGGAUUUUUACCUUAUAAGUUCUUCUGUAAAUUUUUGUCGAAACACUUUAAAAGUUAUUUUGUUAUGUAUAUAUUAAGUUUAUGUAUUUAAUAAGAAUCUUUGUAAUAAUAUAAAUAUUAUUGUACCUGUGUCAAUGGUCUCUGCAGCCGAAACACGUUAAUUCCAAUAAAAAACAAAUUCUUCAUUAUUCUGUCUUUGACUAUACAAUGUGUAAUUGUAAACAUAUUAAAAAUAAAUUUAAUGUCAAUUUUGGGAUGCCAUCUUAAGUUUUAAUUUCACAAAUAUUUUUGUUUAUAUUUUUUAAAGAUCACCUUUUUGUUUGGAAGAUGUGUUGUUGUUUUCCCCACCUUAAAAAUAAACAGGUAAAAAAAUUGAAGAGUGUCAACACAAAUUUUGAAUAAUGAAAAAUUGUUUAAUAAAAUAAUGACAUUCAAUAAAUAAUAAGAGACCCACGUUGGAAAUAUACAGGGUGUCUGUAAAAGGUCUUUACAAAAACAUACCACAUAUUACUUAGACCAAAAUAAGGCGAUUUAAGUAAAAUUACCUUAGUACAAAGUUGCUUCGUUUGGGCUCCAGAGGGC